AGCGAGCGCAAAGGGGCAGGACUCUUUCUCUCUCUGGUGCUUUUAAGAGGAAACUUUGUGUUUUGUUCUCCAAGUUCACUUUAGUUCUCGCUCCUCUCUCAUCCUGCCUUCAUGCGCUUAUUUCCGUGACGCGUGAGAUGCGCACCGGGACAUGGAUCAGUCCAGCUCCAAUUCCUCACGCAAGUCGUUUUAAAGCUGCGUUUCGCAUCGUAAUGUUUCCAAAAGUUUUCUGCACCGGAUUGAACUGCAUGGAAUAAUGUGGCGGAUCGUUUUGCUGUGUUGCGCUCUGGAGGGUUCCGUUGCGUUCCGUCCACCUGCGAACGCGUCUCUUCUCGCACCUGUCCGCGGCGUGGUGCGCACUGUGGAUCGGAUUUAUCACGGAGGAGGAAAAGCGGGUUAUCUUCUGUACAUAGACGAGCAGCGCUUUCAGCUGGAUAUGGAGCGGGAUGAGUCUAUACUGUCUCAUCACUUCAGUUUGAACGCAGACGCGCCGCCGCCGCCGCGUCGGGAAUGCGUUUACCGCGGCACCGUCAACUCAAACGCGGAAUCGCUUGCGCUUUUCAAUCUGUGCGGCGGCGGACUCGACGGGUUUUUCGCAGUGGAUGACGCGCGGUACACCGUCACGCCGCUCAUCCGAGCCGACACGACGCGCGCUCUCCACUAUUACACGCGCGAGAGCUUCGAUUUCGACGUGAUGCCAGCGCGGCACAGCUGCGGCACGCGCGACCGCAAAGCGCGGAACGCGCGUACGCUGUUCGCGAAGCGCGACGCGCUGACGCGACGCAAGCGCUCCGUGUCCCGCGCGCGGCACGUGGAGCUGCUGCUGGUCGCGGACGCGUCCAUGACGAAGAGGUACGGGAAGGACCUGCACCAUUACCUGUUGACGCUCGCGUCCAUCGCGUCCAAACUCUACGGCCACGCCAGCAUCGAGAACCCCAUCCGCCUGUCGGUGGUUAAAGUCGCGAUCCUGUCCGAGAACGAGAAGGGCAUCGAGGUGACCAAGAACGCCGCCGCGACGCUCAAGAGCUUCUGUAAAUGGCAGAAUCAGCAGAACCCUCUGGAUGACGAUCAUCAGCAUCACCACGACGCGGCGAUCCUCUUCACCAGGCAGGCAGGCGUCUUCGGUCCCCUGACUAGUGAGUGUCUUCAUACAGUGUGUGUCUGUGCACAUUCCUCACACGAGACGCUCUCGAGAUCUGAGUGCCAUGAACCGCAGCAGAGAGCUGUCCCGGGCUGGAGACCACACUGGUUUCGCCCCUCACAGAUCCCACACUCUUCUAAUCCAGGAUUAGGAAACUCAAACAGUCUGGAACAUGGGGUUCCUGCAUGCGGAGACGAGAGACUUGAGGAUGAUGAGGAUGAUGAAGGGGUCGACAGCGUCUGUCUGUCUGGGGCAUUUCACACGUCUUCAGCCGCUAUACGUUUACAGUUCACUGAAAACCUCGGAAAGAUUCUGGACGCUCUGAAUCCAUCCGUCUGCGUCCCGCUGUCCCAAAUCCUUACGUUUGUAGAUCCAAACAGGCCAGACAAGCGAUUGAAGCUCUUGUCUCAGAUCAGCACUGAUGUUCGUCUCGUCACUGAUGGACGUGUGAGAGCAGACCUCAGAUCAGCGGGUCCAGGCCGAACGUCUGGCCCUGAAACGCCCUGUAAAUCAGAAGCAGUGUGUGUCUCAGGGCACCUGCUGGGUCUGUCCCAUGACGACUCUAAAUUCUGUGAGGAGCGAUUUGGCUCCAGUGAAGACAAGCGGCUGAUGUCGUCCAUCCUGACCUCCAUCGACGCGUCCAAACCCUGGAGCCGCUGCACCUCUGCCACCAUCACUGACUUCUUCGACGACGGAAACGCGGAGUGUCUGCUGGACGCUCCUCGUCUGCCUCUCUUGGGUCCGGAGGAGCUGCCGGGUCAGAGAUACGAUGCGGUCCAGCAGUGCCGCCUGGCCUUCGGGCCGGAGUACACCGUGUGUCCCGGGAUGGACGUGUGCGCGCGUCUGUGGUGCGCCGUGAUCAGGAAGGGACAGAUGGUGUGUCUGACCAAGAAGCUUCCGGCCGUGGAGGGAACGCCGUGUGGGAAGGGCCGGAUCUGUCUGCAGGGGAAAUGUGUGGACAAAACCCGAAAGAGACACUACUCGACGUCGAAUCACGGCAGCUGGAGCUCCUGGGGUCCGUGGGGUUCGUGUUCUCGGACGUGUGGCGGUGGUGUCCAGUUUGCACAUCGUCUCUGUAACAACCCUCCUCCCCGAAACAAUGGCCGCUACUGCACCGGGAAGAGAGCCGUCUACCGCUCCUGCAGCGUAACGCCGUGCCCUUCAGCCGGGAAGAGUUUCCGUCAGGAGCAGUGUGAGCUGCGUAACGGCCCUCAGACGGACCCUAAAGGAGUGAAGACCUUCAUGGAAUGGGUGCCGAAGUUUGCCGGCGUGCUUCCCAAAGACGUGUGCAAACUCACCUGCAGGGCCAAAGGGACGGGAUACUACGUCGUGUUCUCGCAGCGGGUGGUUGAUGGGACGGAGUGCCGGCCGUACAGCAGUUCGGUGUGUGUGAAGGGGAAGUGCGUUCGCACCGGCUGCGACGGGAUCAUCGGCUCGAAACUUCAAUAUGACAAGUGCGGCGUCUGUGGCGGCGACGGAAACAGCUGCAUCAGAGUGGCUGGAAACUUCACCAAGAAGAGCAAGGGCUACACAGAUGUGGUGAAGGUUCCCGAGGGCUCGACGCACCUGAAGGUCCGACAGUACAAAGCCAAAGGCCAGUCGCGCUACACAGCGUAUCUGGCGCUGCGGCGGCCCGGAGGAGAAUACCUGCUCAACGGGAAGUUCAUGAUCUCCACGUCCGAGACCAUCAUCCCCCUCAACGGCUCCGUUCUCAACUACACCGGCUGGAGUCAGCGGGACGAGGCCCUUCACAGCAUGGGCCCCGGGGCCCUUCAGGAAAGCCUGGUGGUGCAGAUUCUGGCCACGGAUUCUAAGAAACCACUAGACAUCCGCUACAGCUUCUUCAUGCCGCGCAAAAUGCCGCUUCCGCCGCGUACGGUCGCCACGUCUUCGGGAACCGUCGCGGCGCUGUCCUCGGCGGAGAUUGUGACGUUUACGACCGAGGUUCCUGUGACGACGACGAUGCCCGCGGGGCCGCGCUGGGUGACGGGAUCGUGGAUGACGUGCUCCAGAGCUUGCGAUACGGGUUGGCAGAGUCGCACGGUGCAAUGCCAGGACCCUCAAGGGAAGCUGUCCAAGAGCUGCCCGCUCAGCGCCCGGCCGUCGGCCUUCAAAAACUGCCUGAUUAAAAAAUGUUGAGGACCCCUCAAUCAGACGAACUUCCUGACUGAGCUUCGUGAAGCACGUAGACUGAACCGUUGCAGUUGCAUUCCGAUCACUGUGGGAUUCUGCUAGCGUUCACAAUUGUGUUGCGUUGUGACUCUGGAGCUUUGGCUGUAGCCUUGAAUGUGGUGACGUUCAGCCACGCCCCUUUGACAAGGCCACGCCCCUUCAUUCAAAUGACACGCCCCUUGAGUUCACACUGGCAGUGAUUUAAAGCAUUUCUGUAGUGUUUGAUGUUAAGAUGCAUUGACAUUAACCAUUGAUAAAAUGGAAUGUUCUAUUAACGUUCACAUAACCAAGAAAAAACAUUUUAAAAACAUUCAGAAACAGUGUUUUCAUAACUUAAUGGGAACAUUAGCCUAACAUUCUGUAUCAAUAUCAUAUGCAAAAAAACAGAGUGUUGGGAAUCCCUCAAUCAGACUAACUUCCUGAAUCCUGCUAGUGUUCGCAAUCGCGUUGUGACUCAGAUGAGGAGCUUUGGCUCUAGCCUUAAAUGUGGCAACUUUCAGCCACGCCCCUUUAACAAAGCCACACCCCUUAAGUUCACACUGGCAGUGAUUUAAACCACUGCCAUAGAGUUUAAUGUUAAGUUGCAAUCACAUUUACAGUUGCUCUGUGGAAUCAAGUCAUUCCAAUUGGAUUCCAACGAUUGCGUGAAAAAGCUUACCCACGUAGGUUACACUUUUUUCCAUUGACCAACAGAAAACCGCUUGGUUUCAAAGUGACUUCUGUGUGAGUGGCACUUCAUACAUCUCUAUUUUAUAGACAGCAGACAUUGGACUGUUUUGGUUCACGAAAUUUCACUGCAAUUUUGCUAAUGUGACCGCAACUUCGACUGUAGGGCUGCGCGAUAUAUAGCAUAAUGUAAUUUCCUUUUGAUUUGUGCUUGUGUAAAAGUGCAAUAAUUCUGAUUCUGAAAUCUAAAAAGGAAUUUCUCAAACCUAGAGCCUUUGUGAUUUUGGAGCAAAAUAAUCAGGAUUAUCAGAUUACCGUGCCACCUUACUUGAUUGCAUUAUUCAACUAUAUCAGUCUGCGCUCCCAUUGGUUGUCAUCGCAUUUAGUCACAGCUUAUUUGUAUAAAGCUGGACCACGUUGUCAACAAUUGUCAACAGAUUUACUGAUCGCUGUUAGCGUGAACAACCUGUUUAGGGUCCCAAUAUCACCCAUAAGAAAUAAGCAUCGACUGCAGGAACGGAAAGGUCCAUGCAGAAUGCUGAUUUUCCGGAGUGAAUCUCAUAAGACUAAGACAAACUGGGAAUAUGACUGACCGCCGGUCCGUUCCUGAGCUCGUUUUCAGGGUUUGAGCUGACGUUGAUGUGUUUGUUCCUCUGUGCUCCAUGUUUAUGUCCGUUUGAGUCUGAAACUCCCACAAUGAACUGAUCUUCCUUUCUUUGUUACAGAACAACUAAACAGGGCUCUGAUUUGUAAA